UUAAAUGUUAUAGGUACAUUGUUAGUCAACUAGCUGGCUUGAUAAAUUAGCCUAGCACUAAACUAGUCGCUCAUGCUAACUAGCUAGCUAGCUAACAUCCCCGAACAUGAGCUCCCUAAACUACUCCCCUCCUGUUAAAGAAGAGGAGGUCUGCUGGACGGAGAAAGAAGCUCUGGGGCUGAACAUUGUCGUGAAAGAGGAGAAGGAAGAGGAGGAUGUCACAGUAAAACAAGAAGUAGAGGGUGAGGCUGUUACCGUGAAAGAAGAAGAGAAAGACGUUUCAGUGAAAGAAGAAGAUGCGUUCAGAGUGAAAGAGGAGGAGGAUGUUACAGUAAAAGAAGAGGAAGAGGUGAAAGAGGAGGAUGUAGUUUUUGAAGUGAAGGAGGGGAAACAGGGAGAGAGAACUGUCAUAUUGACAGAGGAGUCAGGAGAUCUGAUUACCACCAGAGAGAGACCAGACUCUGACAGCAGGAAGAGUUCCUCAGGGGAAACAGACCCAGAGACACCUAACCAACACCACUGCUCCCACUGUGGAAAGAGUUUUAGGUGGUUAGGGAGCCUGAAAAUGCAUGAGAGAACACAUACAGGAGAAAAGCCCUACCACUGUUCCCACUGUGGAAAGAAUUUUACUCAGUUAGGAGCCCUGGUUGGGCAUGAGAGAACACACACGGGAGAGAAGCCUUAUCACUGUUCCCACUGUGGAAAGAGUUUUAGGUGGUUAUGGGUCCUGAAAAAGCAUGAGAGAAUACACACGGGAGAGAAACCUUAUCACUGUUCUCACUGUGGAAACAGUUUUAGGUGGUUAGUGAGCCUGAAAACGCAUGAGAGAAUACACACAGGAGAAAAGCCUUUCCAAUGUUCCCAGUGUGAAAAGAGUUUUAGGUGGUCGGGGAGUCUGAAAAAAGAUUCAUAG